AACUGCCACUGAAAAACCGGGCUGUAGGGAAGAAGAGGAAAAAUACCCAAUAUAUCACUUAACAGCAAAACUGAGGUCUGAGGACCGAAAACAGAGAAACAAGUCACUGGUCAAAGGUACUGAAGAUAGCAGGAGUUGCCUGGAAAUGGAUGUCCGACGGCUCGAAAUUCCUGCUGAGCUUGCAGCUCUCCUCCACUUGGCUCAGGAUCACAAUCAUGCUCAGAGUAAUCAAGUCACUGAGGUGUCCCUUCCAGAAGUCAAAGCAAAGGCUACUUUCUCUCUCCCUCAUGAUAUUAACAACUUUCCCUUCUCUACAUUUAUCAACACUCACUUCCAGAUUGUGAGUUUUCCAGCCCUUGGACAGCCCUUGCAAGAGCCUUUGACCCAACUCCAGACUGAGCACAGACAAAAUGCUCUACAGCUCAACAAGCUGGUUUUGCGAUUCAUCAAUGACCAGGAUUUGCAGGGCAUCCACGAACAGCUUCUAGGCAACUACAUAGCAAGCCGGGGACUGGCCAGCCUCCCACUACGCAAUGAGCUGCUGAGCCAAGUGGCCACCCAGCUGUGGAAAAACCCAGAUCUGGAGCAAUGCCAACGAGGCUGGGUAUUGAUGGCUACCCUCCUGAGUGCCUUCGCGCCUUCACCAGCUCUAGAGAAGCCUCUGCUGAAGUAA